AGGUAGAAAUCUAUAUGCGCCGCCUCGCCAUGAUAGCUCCAUAUCCAUCGCCCCCUCGCAACCGCUAAACCAACGUUACUACUCUCGCCCGCCUCACUGCGCAACCCCCGACAAUGGCCUACAACCAACGCCCACCACGAGGCCCCGCGGCCGCUGGAGGUGCCCCAAACAUGGGCCCGGACUUCAAUGCCAUGCUCCAGCGCUCCAUGCAAGCACCUGGACAGCUGCAACCCCCAGGCUCCGAGAUUCCACGCGGGCCCUCGCCGUCUAAUGGUUACGAAGGCGUAUACAGUGCCACUCCACCACCACAACAUGCGAACAUGCUCGGUGGUGCACGAGGGCAGGCGCCGCCCCCGGUCCUACCUGUCGACCUCCCACCGCAAGCCUUCCUGACAUCGGCAAUGCUAUUAGAUAUGGUGGACAAAAAGGUCGACGUACUACUCCGUGACGAGAAAGAGUACAUUGGCAUAUUACGCUCUUACGACCAGUUCGCCAACCUCGUCCUCACAGAAUGCUAUGAGCGAAUAGCAGCCCGUAACCCCGACGCAUCGCCCUCCUCCGACCCCUCGGUUCCCCGCUGGCUAAUACACGACGUCAAGCUCCCUGGCGUAAUGACUGUACGAGGCGAGAACGUCACCAUAUGCGCGACCGUCGACCUCGACCGAGAAGAGCACCCCAAAGGCGCAAUGUUCGCCGAAGAGGAUCAAGUCCGCGCGUUGGCAGCGGCUCAAAAAGCAGACAAGAAAGAAGUGGAUUCGCGGAAAGCAAAGGCAUUGAAGCAGGCUGGUAUUGAGCCUGGCUUUGGUAUGCAAGGGUAGUUGGUCGGAUUCGGUCCAGCACGAAUGCAAAAAGACAAAAAACGGGGAAUAGGGAGUAUGAAUUAUGACAUGGAAGCUUUCGUAGCACAGGAAGGAGAUACGUUGUGAUCUCUCGACAUCUACGCUUGGCUGUGGUUAUGAUAUCAAUGAUACCAGGACACUAUGUCCACCUACAAUUGGGCAACGUCUCGAUUUGAGGGAUUUGGAGCGUCGACUGAUGUAGUUAGAGUGAUGUCUUGCUACCUCUGAAACGACAUAGGCCGACCGGAGUCCGAAAAUCGAACGAAGAGGGAUUGUCUAAACUCUUCUCGUACUUCA